AUGCACUCACCUUGCUUCAAGGAAGUCGAACAGGUAUGCUCCCAUGGCUGCUGCUCCAACCCCCUCCUCUUCGUCCUCCCAGCCACCACCACCACCACCACUGAAAAACGAAACAGCACAUCAUCAGCUUGUCGGAAAAACUUCGCAAACACAACCACCACCUCUUUCUUCGCAAACACUCGUUUCACCGAUCAUGAAUCCCUUCCUUCUUUCAAAGAGUCACUCGCUACUUUCACACGGACUUAUCCCAAGUAUUCCGAUACUGCUCGAGUUGACCGAAUGAGAGGACAAGAAUACUACCAUCUCUCGCUUUCCAACCGUAUAUGUCUCGAUUACAUCGGCAUCGGUCUUUUCUCUCAUUUACAGCUUCAGACUCAUCAUCCAGUUUCACCUUCUUCGAGCUCGAGCGACUUACACUCUGAUUUCCCGUUCUUCAGUACAAUUUACAAGUCUGUGAAUCUUAAGACACAGUUGGUUCAUGGAGGGGAAGGGUCGGAGUUUGAGGCGUCGUUUAGGAAAAGGAUCAUGGAGUUUAUGAACGUUUCGGGUGAUGAUUAUUCUUUGGUUUUCACUUCAAAUAAGUCAUCGGCUUUCAAGAUCGUGUCUGAAGCUUACCCUUUUCAAACGAGUCGGAAGCUGUUGACGGUUUAUGAUUACAAGAGCGAGGCUGUUGACGCCAUGGUUAGUGCUUCCGAGAAACGUGGAGCUAAGAUCAUGUCGGCGGAAUUUAAGUGGCCCAGAAUGAGGAUUCAUUCUGCGAGAUUAAGGAAAUUGGUGGAGAGGAAGAGGAAGAAGAAGAAAGCGAGGGGUUUGUUUGUGUUCCCUCUUCAAUCUCGAACGACUGGAGCUAGUUACUCGUAUCAAUGGAUGAGCAUGGCGCAGGAAAACGGGUGGCAUGUAUUGCUUGAUGCUUGUGCAUUGGGUCCAAAAGACAUGGACAGCUUUGGGCUAUCACUCUUUCGACCUGAUUUCCUUAUUUGUUCAUUCUACAAGGUAUUUGGGGAAAACCCAACUGGAUUUGGAUGCUUGUUUGUCAAGAAAUCGAUGAUACCGAUCAUGGAAGAUUCAACGUCUGUGGGGAUUGCCACUCUUGUUCCUGCAAAAAACUCAUCGUUUCAACCAGAUGAGGAACAUUCAUCUGGUUCAGAUUUAGAACUUCAACAACAUCAAAGUUUCCUCCAAACCCAGAAUCAGAUCGUGAUCCAUGACCAAAAGAAAAAAAAUUUAGAGAUCGAGUAUAGAGGAUUAGAUCAUGUCGAUUCGUUGGGAUUAAUGCUGAUCAGUACGCGCACCAGGUGUUUGAUAAAUUGGCUGACUAACGCCCUCACAAAAUUACAACAUCCCAACACCGAAACGAAGACACCCUUGGUCCAAAUCUACGGUCCAAGAAUCAGAUUCGAUCGCGGACCUGCAUUAGCCUUCAACGUUUACGAUUGGAAAGGGGAAAAAGUCGAGCCGGCGCUCGUGCAAAAACUCUCAGAUCGUAACAAUAUCUCUCUGAGCCAAGGGUUUCUGCAACAGAUAUGGUUUGCAGACAAGUAUGCCGAUGAAAAGGAGAGACUGAUCACCACGAAGAAGACUAAAGGGGGGCAGGAGAUCGCUGUGGUGACUGCUGCCAUCAAUUUUUUGGCUGAUUUCGAAGAUGUUUAUAGAUUGUGGGCGUUCAUUGCUCGUUUCUUGGAUGCUGAUUUUGUCGAGAAGGAAAGAUGGAGAUACACAGCUCUCGACCAAAAAACCAUUGAAGUGUAA